CGGCACGGCACGGAGCGGCCGGGCCGCCCUGCGGAGUUUCUCUGAAACUUGCAUUAGGAUCCUUCUGUGCUGCUCCUGUGAAGCCGUACGGCAGGACACAAGGACGGGGUGGGAAGGCAGCAGUAGCUCACUAUGGCCCUGGCAGACAACACGGGCUGUGCCAAACCCAGCGAGGAAUUCCCCUUCCCUGAGAUCAUUGAACUCAAUGUGGGUGGACAAGUCUACAUCACCCGCCACCCCACUCUGGUCAGCGUGCCUGGCUCGCUCCUCUGGGAGAUGUUCACCCAGAAGAACGUCCGCUCCCUGGCCCGCGACAGCAAGGGACGGUUCUUCGUGGAUCGGGAUGGCUUCCUCUUCCGCUACAUCUUGGAUUACAUGAGGGACCAGCAGCUGGUGUUGCCCGACCACUUCCCGGAGAGGAGCCGCCUGCAGCGAGAGGCCGAGUACUUCAUGCUGCCGGAGCUUGUGAAGAUGCUGGCCCCCAAGCUCAGCAAGCAGAACUCGCUGGGAGACGACCCAUGCCAAAGCGACCCAGAGGAGCUCUCCCCCAACGCAGAUGCCACCCGCAACCUGACCUCCGCCAGUGCCACGCUCCCCAGCGCCGUGGCCGGUGGCCCGGGGGGUACCGUCACCACCGGCACGGGUGCUGCCAGCACCGACGUCCGCAGGGCAGGUUUCAUCACCAUCGGCUACCGGGGCUCCUACACCCUGGGCAGGGACAGCCAGACGGAUGCCAAGUUCCGCAGGGUGGCACGGAUCAUGGUCUGCGGCAAGACGUCGCUGGCUAAGGAGGUCUUUGGGGAUACCUUGAACGAGAGCAGGGACCCGGACAGACCCCCGGAGAGGUACACCUCCAGGUACUACCUCAAAUUCACCUUCUUGGAGCAAGCCUUUGAUAAACUGGCCGAUGCUGGCUUCCACAUGGUGGCUUGCAACUCCACAGGCACCUGUGCCUUCGCCCAUGACCAGACAGAUGACAGGAUCUGGACCUCUUACACCGAAUAUGUUUUCUAUCGUCCUGUUGUACGAGGCCAACUCUCCAGGCAGCUGUCCAGGCACUGCAGCCUUCCAGGUAGCUCCUGGCUUAGCCUGCCUAUUCCCCAGCCUUCAGAAACGGAGCACAGCCCAAAAAAACACAUGUCUUCUUCUGAGCCCAUCCUGGAUCUCAAGACAGACACGGCAGAAGCACUUCCAGCCCACGGUGACCCACAGGAGCCAAAGCAAAGCCACGAGACAAGGCAGGACCCAGCUACAGCCGGCGGCGGGGAUGACUUUGCAACCUCCGGCACGAGCAGCCGCGACGAGCCCAGCCCAGCUCCGGCCACGGAUGAGACCCUCCCAGGCAGAGACCCCCAGUCAGAGGCAAGGGAUCCCAGUCCCACCGACUCUUUGCCAUGGCCAGAAGCCCCAGAGGAGUGCCCAGCCCGCCCCAACACCCUGGACUUCUCCAAGUCCCUGAAGAAGCUGGAGGAGGUGAAGCAGACGGGGCAGAGGCGAAACAGCGACCACGCAACGGUGAAGGAGAACGGGGUGGAGGUCAGCCCCGCGGCGACGGCGACGGCAGCGGCGGCGGUGAGCGAGGAAAGGCGGGCGCUGGAGUCCGAGCUGGGGAAGUGCAUCGAGGAAUUCCGUAAGAUCAAGAUCCCCGUCGCCUUUCCCAACAAGAAGCGGCAGUGGCAGAGCGAGCUGCUGAAGAAAUACCAGCUGUGAGAGGAGACCUCGUCCCCCACCCUGGGGGAGGAUGUCUUCUGGUAUGUUGAGUGUCUCCACCAAUGUCCCCUGGGGAGCGGGUGGCAGAGGCUGUCCACGCUCCCAAAAUGAGGAGCGUAGGUUGCUCACUAAGCCCGUCCAGCAGUCAAAAGGGUUACAAGCCUGUACCCACAACAGUGUGCUCCUUACCGUGGCCAUCGGGAGGGAUGCACGAUAUCCUAAGCGGCAUAAGCAGAGGUGGAGGGGUGUAGAAAAAGGAAGGAGGUCCAGAGCGAAUGUUCAGGGCCAGAGCUACCAUCCAGCAGAAGUUCCCACAUUUAUGAGAAUGAAUUUUCCUGGCAUUUCAAAUAAUAAAAUGUAGUUGGUGUCAAAAAGUAAUUCCAGUCUCCUCAUCUCUUUGGUACAGAUGUUUGAACUUAGCUGUUCGAAACUGUACAAGUGGUUUAGACAUUCAGUUUUCCUGAAAUUAAUGAAGUUGUACAUCUGACUGCCCUAUGUUCUUGCCAAAACUUCUCCAUCUGUAAUGUUUGCAACUGCAUUCAGCAAAAACCUUCUUUUCAUGAGACAUCGUGAUGUUUUGCAGAUCUUUUCCUUUUCUUACACAAACACUUGAACACUGCCCAACCUUGCCUUUGGGCCUCCAGCCAGAAAUGAGCUGGUGAGAGGGAGGGUGCUGCCCUAGGAAGCCAUGGCCGAGCCAGCCAGCACCCAUCCUGAUGACCGUGGGGCUCCUCCACAGGAUCGGUGACCUUCUGGGUGUGCGCUGGUGGGUCAGGAUCAGAGGAGCGGGUGGGACAGUGACGUUGGGGUGGGGGCAUGUUACAGACCACCCCAUCAGGGUGAGGAAGGGCACAAAGCCUUUAAAUAACUUGAAGAAGCCUCUGAGUGACAAACUCUGCUCUCAUGGGAGACUUCAACCUCCCUGAUACCUGCUGGAAGGACAAUGGGUCAGGAUGCAAGCGGUCCCAGAGAUUUCUGAGGGGUUUCAUGGAUAACUUCAUGGUAGAGGUGCUGGAUGGGCCAGCUGGGGCAUGCACAGCUGGAUAAUGGAGAAGACCUAGUUGGGGCUGUGAUAGUCAAUGGCAGUUUUGGUCCCAGCAACCAGAAAUAGUGGUUUUCAAGGUCCUGGGAGGAGCAAGGAAGGUGAGUAGCAGAGUACAGACCUUGGCUGAGCCAAGCUGUGACCACGCUCGUCAGUCUGUUCUCUGUCAGCCAUGGGAGCUCCACGAGACAGUCCCCCCCAUCCUUCACCCC